UCCGCCGAUCGGUCCAGCUCUAGGUCCGCCGAUUCAAACUCAAAAAAUAUAUAAUAUUAGACGGUUUUUGGACAGUUUAAGGGACGCGUAGCACCAAUGGAAGAGUCUGCAGCUCCCAGGAGGCCCCACGCGGCCGCAGGUGCCGAGGCAGGUGCUGAGGGGGGGGAGGGUGUGUCUGUUCCUCCCCUUCCCGAGUUUGAGGCUUCUGGAGCCUCUGCGGUGGUUAGUUCAGCCUCUGUGCAAGAGGCAUCGGGCCUGGCACCCUUUCUUGUGGUUCCUGUGCUUGAAAACCGACGCACGGCGAGUCCUCGGCUGGCUCCAGCCGAAGGGGGCGGAGCCAGGUCUCGUUCUGAGCGCAACAGCGGCAACUGGACAAAGCAAAUCCUCUGCAGGUAUUAUCUGCAUGGGCAGUGCAAGGAGGGCGAUAACUGUCGCUAUUCUCAUGACUUCUCUGGGCGGCGGAAAGCUAGGGGGGGCCAAGAUUCUCAGCCUCGGGCCUCUGCAGAUAGAGGGCCCAAGAUGGCCACUGAGUGGGAGCCCCCGACUCAGGAAGUGGCGGAAGCCCCCCCUACUGCAUCCUCCAGCUCUUUGCCUCUCAUUGGCUCAGCUGCUGAAAGGGGCUUCCCUGAAGCUGAGAUUGACAGUGCAGGCAUUGGCUCAGCUGCUGAAGGGGGCUUCUCUGAAGCAGAGAUUGACGAUGCAGGCCUAGCAGCAGCUGCUACGGGAGGAGCGGGUGCGGAAGGCUGGGAGGGGGCAAUUGAGUUUGUUCCUGGACAGCCCUACCGAGGUCGCAUGAUCCCCCCGCAUGGUCCCGAGGCUCCUCUGCCGAGCCAGGCAAUUGAGAGAGAGCACAUGGCUAUGAGGAGCCCGCCAAUUGAGAGAGAGCACAUGGCUAUGAGGAGCCCGCCAGUUGACAGAGAGCACAUGGUUAUGGGCAUGGGGAUGCUUCUGCCGCUUUGCCGCUUUGCUGCCCGGGGAGAAUGCCUCCGCGGGGAGCGCUGUGCAUACCCCCAUGGAGAAAUAUGCGACAUGUGCGGGCAGCAGGCCUUGCACCCUUGGGAUGCGGCCCAGCAGGAAAUGCAUAGAAGGGCCUGCAUUGAAGCCCAUGAGAGAGAUAUGGAGCUCUCCUUUGCUGUGCAGCGCAGCAUGGACAAAGUGUGUGGCAUCUGCAUGGAGGUUGUCUAUGAGAAAGCCGACCCCAGGGACCGCCGCUUUGGCAUCCUUUUCAGCUGCAACCACACCUUCUGUCUUAGGUGUAUCCGCAGGUGGAGAAGUGCCACACAGUUUGAGAACAGGAUCAGUAAGUCCUGCCCACAGUGCAGGGUCUCCUCUGGCUUUGUCAUUCCUAGUGAGUUCUGGGUGGAAGAGGAAGAGGAGAAGGAGAAACUUGUUCGGCAAUAUAAGGAGGGAAUGAGCCACAAAGCCUGCAGGUAUUUUGCUGGAGGCCUAGGUCACUGCCCAUUUGGAGAAUUCUGUUUUUACAAGCAUGAAUAUCCCGAGGGCUGGUUUGAUCAUUUUCCGAGGCCAGAUGGUGGUGGAUCGUCAAACGCAUACUGGCAUCAAGUUUUGAAGCCCGUGCAAUGGCGAGAGGGAAACGUGCUGUUUAAAAGCCGUAAAAAGGAGCUUUCUGUGCUUCGCCUUGCCAAUCAGUUGCUUAAGAAGUUGCUUUGCCUGAGAGGCAGUUUUUCCUUCACUGAUGACCGCUGGCUCUUUCUUCAGUACCAGCUGGAAGAAUAUUUCAAUUUGAAUCUGUAGUAUCAUGCUGUGGCAUGUGGUCUAGUCUGCUAAGGCUCUGUUGUCUGCUGUUGCUUAUUUCCCUGUACUGAAUGACAAACCUAUUGCUUUCAAAGGCUGUUGCGGCAAUCUUUAUGCAGUAUUGCUGUUUUCUUCUCUAUUUCCCAUUUCUUCUCACUAGGAUUGUGAUGUUUCUCUGUGUUGCAAAAUAACAAGAAAUCUUAAAAGUAUUGUUUGGUGGAAUUAAUAUUUCUGUCAGCUGAUGACUUGUGGUGUUUUUCCAACAGGAUUCAAUCACUUCUAGUCUAGUGUUUACAGUUUCUCAUUGUGAAGUCCCUUAAGAGUAAAUGUGACAAGGUGACAAAAGUCUUUAACUGAAUUAUGAGCUUUUGCUAUAUAGCCUUAAAAAAAAAAAAGGACCCUUACAGGGCCUUGCAGCUGCUGUCUGUGUUUGUUUACAUGUCUGUUUCUUCCCUUCUCUUUCAAGUGCACUUGUUAACUUGUGGUUGCUUUGUGGUUCUGUUUUACUUGACCAAAAUGAGGUGCAUAUGUUUACAUGUUUUUAUCCUGUUUGGCUUGAUGUGAAAUUAUUUAUAUUUGGAAAUAUAUAUUUAAGAAUGAUAUAUAUGCGUAUAUGUAUACAAAGAUGUACUUGAAAACGUUGGAAACAAAUACCCACCAUAAUAUAUAUGUUUGAAGUAAUGAAAUAAAUGCAGAACUGAAAGCCUAAUGUUAAAGUCUAGAUGUAUGGACUGUGUGUGAAUUGUGUGGAUAAUUUCUCUGCCCCUGCACUGAUGUCAGUGAUUAGCAUUAAUAAAAAUGACUGCUAUGUGUAUUGGACUCUUUUUAAAGGACUUAUAAAACAUGACUUUGAUAAUUCCUAUGAUAGCAUUAACAGCUUCUCUGUUGUUAUAAUUACCAAUACAUGUGCCUCUGCAUGUAGCCAACAUCUCAUUUUUCUUAACGGUGGCAAUUCCUGAACUCAAAUACACAGUUGUUUAUGGUCAUAUCUUAAAUAUCUGGUUCUUUUUAUACUUUAGAAGCAAAGGACUGUUGAUAAAAAAUUUCAUAAUAAAAAUUAUAAGACCACCAGAGAAAAUGAUAAUAAAUAUUGAAACAGAAUAUAAGAAUGGAAAUAAAAAAGUGAGGCAUAGGACUUUUAAAAUGUUAAACAUAAUAAUACUGGUGUCUUUUAAUGCAAAUAAGCCAUAGUUUGAUCUAAGAGCCAUUUUUAAAAAAAUCAAAGUUUAUUUUGCUUGCUUUAAAUGAAUCUACAUUCUACUUAACAUGCACAAUUACAGUUAAAAUGAGAAAUCAGGAGGAUUGGGGGUAAAAGUAAUUGUGCAGCUGCUGUCAGUACAAUAGACCGAGUUUCUAAUAAACAUUGCUGGAGGAGAGAAAUGUGAAAGCAAUAAAUUAUAAUUGAUUUCGAAUAUGUAACUUCAUAUUUUGUACUUAUAUGACACAAGUUAAGCAAAUGAAGAAUUCAUAGAGGUAGCACAGUUCAAGUGCUCAGUGGACAGUUUUACUACAUCUUUUAGUAAAUGAAUAAAUUUUUAUUCGGUCACUAAACAGUACAGAUUCAAGCCUCCCAAUUGUGUAGAACAGAGUAUAUUUUUCUUGGCUGAAGUUGCUCAAAAUUAUGCUAUGGAUCUCCAUUUUCUGGUGUACACCAUGUUCUGACUAUGUAGCAAGUAACAAAGCCAAAUUGCAGAAUUUAUAUUUUGUUACAAAGCAUACUUUGAAGUACUGGUUUGUCAGAAGGCCCUUGUGUUACACUUGUAAUUUUUCCUAUGUGGUGAAAUAAAUGAGGUAGAAAAAGUAGUCACAGCAAGAAUGGAGUACAAGUCAUACAUUUACAGAACACUUGAAAUUAGAUGACUGCUGCCCCUACCCCACACAUAUUAAGGCUCAGAAAAAGUGUGUGGCUUCAUGUGCAGCUCUUAAGCCUGGAUUGAUCAGCCAGGUGCAGCAGGGCAUGAACAAGCUUCCACAAAAUGGGGCAUUUGGGGGCUUUUAUCUGUGAGUUGCAAGACUCAGUGUUUCAGAGUCUAUUGUUCACAAGUGUAGCUCAGCUUCCCAUGUUGUAGCAUGCCCUCUCCCUUCUGAUGUAAUUACUGGUACUCUGAAACUGUGGUACUCUAUGGGAUAUGGCAUAAUGCUUCCCUCUUAAUUCCACAUAGUGCAUCGGUUAGGAGGCCCUGGACAGCUAUUUUCCCAUGGGCUAGGAGUUGGGGGUGGGUCAGAUAAACCAACUAAAGAAUGGGACCAGAUGGGGCACUUAAUGAGGACUGCUGAUUGUCAACUCUCAAGGAGUUUCCAUAGUGGCUAAGAUGUGGUGGGGGGCUUGAUUUGAGCUUUGACAGCUCUGGAAAGUCUCUUAGUGUACACUGCACAACCUCAUAAAAUGACAGAAUUUUAUUCAAUGAGUAUAUUGAAAUAGGAAGUCAUAAUAAAUGUCAGGAGUUAUAGUAGUUUUAAGGCCAGUAGAAAAAUGGCAUGGAAGACAGAUUACAGGACAGUUGAGUCCUGAUUGAGCUUCUUGAAAGUCAUGCCAUCUAAGUGAGUAUUUAUGUCCUCUGCCUCAGUUUAUACAUAGGAGAAAUGGGUGCAGUGUUACCUGUUUUGUAGGAUAAUUGUGCAGCUCAAGUGCAGUGUAGGGAAAAGGCUUGAAACAUCUUUAAAAGAGCUUACCACCAAGUAGAAUCUGCAUGUUUAUCAACCCAAGUGACAAUUAUUACCUGAAUAUGAAUAUUUUGCUAGGUUUUUCUUUUAUUAAUCUUUGGAACUCAGGGUAAAAAUUAUUUUGAGAUUAUAUUUGUAGGAUAUAGGUGUAGUACCUAACACCCUUACAUAAGUAGCUUCAAUAGACAUUUUUUUUUUCCCAGCAGAAAUCGUUAAAACUAAACAUGUUCUAUUUAAUUGUCUAAGAAUCCCAAACAGCAAAAGUAUUUUUUGUACCAGAUGCAUAAUGGGGAAAUGACAAGAUGCUUUUGAAAAAUCAAAGUUCCUUUUUCCCUCAUCAAUUCGUUGAGAAAAAGGUCAAUAACAGAUGUCACAGCCACCAAAACCAAGUGAAUUUUCCUCUUCUUUCCCAAGAGGGGUAUAGUUACAGGCCUGCUGUAUUGGGGAACAAAGGACCCCUUGCCACACAAAGGUUUGCUUUGUGAGGGAUUCUGAACAGGCAGCCCCCACCUCAGAAGAGCUUGGGAGCUCCAUAAAAGAACUGUCCUUCUAGCUGCAACAGAAAGCCUGAUGAAACACAUUUAAUUUGCUUAUGCUUCCUGAGUGUAAAUUUGGGAGAUAUACAUAGCUACAACCAGGCUAGUGAAAAUUUCCAAAGUUAUCACUCAGUAAAUAUAUAGAAACCAUUGAUUCUCACAGCUCAUAUCACUGAUUCUACAUACAAAAUUUCACAGACACAAAGAAACCUUAUCAGUCCCUAGUCAGUUGUCUUUUAUGCACUGCUGUUUCCAUGUUUGGCGAUCUUAGCACUGUGGUUUCUGCUACCAUAGCUUAUCCCAAUCUACAACUGCAUGGCAUUGGGGCAUAGCUGAGAAAAGAUAUUUUCAGGAAAUAACACAGUACUAGUGCCAAGAAACAAUUAACUUGUCAAAAAUUUUGCCAUGAAAAUAUAUGCAGCAUUGAUGGAAUGCUGACCCAAAAUAAUUGACCAUGUAGUGGAUCACAGUGAAAUGGUUGGUUUAAUUCAAAGUUGAAUAGGAACUGUUCUCAUAUGAACAUCUAUGAAUGUUGGUACAAAACUAGAAUGUGCUAAUAGCAUAUUAGAAUUAACAGGAGGGGUUGGGUUGUAUUUUAGGAAAAUAAAGAUUACAGAAUAAAAGUUUUGAUGUAUUUUAGGAAAAUAAAGAUUACAGAAUAAAAGUUUUUUUUUUAUUAAAAGAAAUAACCAUACAAACACCUUCAUGUGCCUAAAGAUUAUUAAUCAGUUUGGUAAAAUAAAGUGCAUGUAAUAUCAAUAUGUGACAUACAUAAGUAUGUAUGUAUGUAUCUCCUUUGAAUUCUGAGUUUUGUUAAAUGUACAUAAAAUAAAAAAUCAAGAGAUGAAAGUAACUAUUAAAUUAGAGAAAAAUUAAAGGAUUAAAUAGAGAGGCUGCAUUAAAACAGUUUAUAAAGUGUAUACUACACUACCCAUCUUUAUCAACAAAAUGAGCAGAAAUGAAACCAUAUCAUAACAUACAGUGGAAGAAUUUGCAACAGGGAUUUUAUUAAACAUACCUGAGUAUGCAUUGUUCACCCACAUGACAACUGAAAAGAAACCUAUCCACUAACAAAAAAAAUCAAGAGAAGAGUUUACCCAUAUUUUAUUUAAAUUGUGUUUCUUCAUAAAACCUCUAAAUAAUAAGUUAUUUUAGUUCUAUCUUAUGCAAUUCAAAAAUUAACCAAUAGAAAGGAUACUUUUACUUGUGUGUUAUGAUUGACAAUUCUAUAUCAAUAGUAACACAGUUAAUAGAUAAACACACAAGUGUUCAGUCUUAUGAAUUGUUUUGUAAAAAAUGAAUAGUACAACCAUAAUAAAAUAUUUCAGCAUUUCUAUCCUUUUAAUAUGUUGCUACUAAUCAUAGCCAUCUGUUUUGAUUUUGAUCAGGAAAAAAGGAAUUCUCUCUGUUGUCAGUAAGCAUUAUUUUGAUGGGUAAAUUUGUACAAAUGCAUAAAAGAACAAAAUGAAACAAACCCACGUGUGGCAUCUUCCAGAGAGUAUGCAGCUUUCUGUCUUAAUGGGUGAGGCAUUGUAUGUUCAAAACCCAGAAUUAUCUAGAAAAUCAUAAAAAGCUAAGUAAGGCACUAUGAAAAUUCUAUUAUGAACUAUCUACUAUAAAGCAGUAAAUAGACAGCAAAAGACCUGUUUUUAUUGUAGGAAGGUGCAGAAAUAGAUAUUAAUAUAUAAAUUCUUGAAAAGAAGUACUUUUCAAGAAGUUUUAAUGCUUAAGACAUGAAAUAUUCCACCCAAUUUGAUAGGGAAAUUUGGUAUUAAAAUUGUGUUUUGAAUGAUACCCUAUUGAAGUUCAAAUAGGCCAUUUAUAAUUUUUAAGAAAAGGAAGAAACUUAGGGGAAUCUGUAUGCUAUAGUAAACACAAUUAGUAAAGUCUGAACAGUUUAUAGUAGUAAAAGAAAGCCACGCUUAGUGGCAAAUAUUAGUAAUUCUUGUAUUCUGGAGGCAAAGGCAUAAAGAUCUUGAGUUUGAAGCCUGACUACUACAUAGUAAGAUUAUAUCUCAACAACAUCAAAACACAGCUCUAUAUGAUGGGGUGCUGCUCUGGAAGUGAAACAAAAGCAUGGCUUGAGAACAAGGGGAAUGAGAGUCAGUGAAUGAACCCUGACACAUAUAGGACAUAUUGCCAUGUACUCCACAUAUGAAGAGGAAAGUGUGGUGUUCAAAUUCACAUAUUUUUAAAAUAUGUGGUGUGUGUGUGUGUGUGUUCAUGUAUGCAGACAUGUACCACAAUGCUGACCCAAGAGUGUAUAUUUAUCAGACUCAUAAAUAGACAUAUGUUAGAUUAAAGUUUGUGAUGUAGAUCAUUAAAACAACCUGGUGUUAUUCAGUAAAGAAUGAACUACAAAAUCACUUAGAAAAUUAAUAUGUGGGCCUCGUAUAUUUUUAAAGUCUUACAGUCAAGAACACCUUUCUAAAACAUUUUGGACAGAAAUCUUAACACUUAACAAUACCUAGUUAAAAACAAAAACUGCAUGGAGAUUAUGAUAUGCUCCUGUUUAUUCUAAGGACAUAUUAUCUCAUUUGAUUUUUCCAGUUGCCCUCACAUGUAAACUCUGUUAUUAAUGGCUUGCAGCCAUUGGGAAAACUGGGACUUAGGGAGGUUGAGAUUUCUACGGCCACAGGGCAGGGUCAGUGAUAGUCUGUCAGAUUCCAGGUCUGACUUCUCAGCCCCUGCGUUGUCUUACAGAUGUAACUAACUUAAAUUGGGACUCAAAAAUUUGCACGAGCAAGCCCAGAAGAAAAACUUCUUUUAUAAUAAUUCAAAAAUAAAAUGCUGGAGAGAUGGAUACAAAGUUAAGAGCACUGGUUGCUCUUCAAGAAGACCCUGGUUCACUUCCCAGUUCUCGUCUGGCAGAUCACAAUGGUCUGUAAUUCUAGUGCCAAGGAAUCUGACACAUUCAUCUGGCCUCUGUGGACAUGGGCAUGGAUGUGGUGCAUAGACAUACAUGCUGGCCAAACAACCAUACCAUACACAUAAAAGUAAAAUGAGAAAAGUUUUCAAAAUGGCAAAUCCUACAAGAACGUAUUUCUAUAGUGUAUAAGGUCUUCAGUAAAACAAGAUAAAUAAGAUUAUGAAUUAAUUUUAUUAAUAAAUCAAUAUGAAUAUGAAGAGAACUUGAACAGAAAAUAAAUGUAAUUUCUUGUAAUCUGGGAAACCCCUUCAAGCGUCCUUAAUCAUGGCACUUAUUAAAAUUAAAAAUUUAAAGUUACCUAAGACCCAAGUAUUUGCAAACACUUAAGUUGUUGAGGGUUGGGGAAAAAGGUAAUAUUUUACAUUGCUUGUAAGAGUGUUACUGGUACGUAAAUAUGGUGUGGAGGUGUAUUCUUCACUGUGAAAUUACUCAACUAAAAGAAUGUUCAGCAACCUACAUCAGAACAGUAACAUUUUAGAAAUAACCAAAAUGUAAGUUGACAGCUGAUUAAAAAUGGUACAGGAACCCAGUAGAAUUUUAGGACUACAGAUUUACAAGUGAAACAAACAUGGAAGAAUCUGGGAGACAUUGUGUGAACAGGAACAUAUGUGGAAGUUUAUAGAAUUCAGUCACUCAUAUGGAGACAGAAACAAUUGAAUGUCUAUGUUUAUAUGUGUAAAAAUGGAGCAUCCAUAGAGUUAUCACAUAUGUGCAGAUACAUACGUUACAAAUAUAAAACCCUUCCUACACAUACACAGAAAUGUGUAAUAUAUGUAGGUGAAUGCACACACAAAUCACAUAAUGUAAGUAUGUAAAACAAUGCAGAGUGGAAAUUGUCAGAUUUUUAAUACAGUUGACUCCUUUGUUUUGUGGUGAAUCAAAAUGUAAUUUGUUGGAUUUCAAAGAGGACAUUUUUAAGUGUCUUAACGGAAAGCCAAGCGUGAUGGCAGAUGUCUGUAAUGCAAGCAUUUGGGGGCCAAGUCAGGAGUACUGUCAGUGAAGGCCAGACUGGGCUUCAGUGUGAGACCAAGCUGUGGAUCACUGCUGCAAUCACCAGGAAAAGAGAGGUAGGUCUGCCAGCUGCUGCAGGUGCAGGCAUCAGUUUCCUGAUAGAUCAUAGGCUUUGGUAUAGCCAUGUGGUAAUAUAAAGCUGAAUACACUCUUGCCUGUGUCUUUUGUACUUAUCUUUCUAUAGUUACUUGAGCUUUCUGCAGUAAAGUAUUUGAGAAUUAUUGAAAUGAUCACUGAAACCCUGGAGAGGAUGCCAGCAUUUGCCUGUGGUCUUUAUCUGUGCAUCCACCCAUUGCUGCAUGAACCUGAAUACACGGCACAUGAAUAUAGCACACAGAACAAUGGCCCAUUUUAAAUUUACAUAGGGUUUUGUUGGAUUAUUGAAUUUGAUAUGUACUUGGGAUUCUAACUCUUGGUUAAAGAUGUAGCUUGUGAUUGUUUUCUUGGACUCUGUAUGCUAUUACACCACUGUCCUGCAUCUCUUUACCAUAUGUGCUCUUUAAUUUCUUUUUUAGUUUUAUGUGUGAAUGAAUACACAAUCCAUCUGUGAAAUGAUUAAAAUGCUACUAUUUGCUACAAUAUAACUAGACCUGGAAACCAAUUUACAUAAAAAAAAAUUGACACCCGAGAUGGCAGAAACAGAAUGAUUUCACUCCUGUGGAAUUUAGCAAAGCUGGGCUUAUUGAAGUGAGAUUGAAUAGCAGUGACCAGAGGUCAGGGAGUGUCGAGAAGAUGGGUGAAUAGGGAGAGUGGUUAAUGAUCAGGAAGGCAGAGGCAGAAGGUUGAGUUCUGGUCUUUAUCACACAGAAAAAUUAUAUUCAGUAGUAAAAUAUUUAAAAUAGGAAACAAAAUUUGAAUGUUCUCAUCACAAUAAAAUCACAAAUAUUUGAGAAUUUAGUCUCAAUAUCCUGACUUGAUCAUUACACAGUGAACAACUGUGAAAAUAUAACACUGUAAUUUCCAUUAGAGUGUAAGAAAGUGCCUGGGGAACACAAAAUUUUCUCCUCCCCAAGCCCUGGUGUCCACUCUGCCAUGCACAUAAACACCCACACACAAAGGUAUACACGUUUACAGACAGCCACAAAAUUCCAUAUUCACUAUAAACUCACCAGUACACACAUAGAGAAAUAAUACACAGGAACAGUAAUCCCACAAACACAGCAGUUGCACAGUCCAACACUGUAGCAGAUGCACGUAAUACACAGAUCUCAUUGUAUAUGCAUUCACAUACUAAUAUACCUCACAAGCAUAUACCAUCCACAUGCGUAUUUGUUAAUAUAACACAUAUUUAAGGGCACAGAAAGAUGCUUUUACAGGUUCUCCCUUUGGUAUAUAAUUAAAACAGUUGAGCUUAAGAUUAAGAACCAGGAUAGCUGUGGGAUCAUAUUACACUUUAUACAUCCAAACAUACACAAAUGCAUAGGCAUCUAUUCAAGGAGUCCCCUAAUGAUAUACUGAUUCACAAACACACCAGCAUAUUUCAUACAGAAACAAGUUUUCACACACAUAGAAAUUCAUUUAUGUAAAUGCUCACCCAACUCAUAAAGCAAACAUUUACACAUGUGCACACAUAAAAUCAGAUUCACAACCCUCUAAUAUACACUGUACACUAACAAUAUAAAAAUACAAAUGGAUACUGACGAACACACAUGUACAUUUCACACAGAAACAUACACGAAGUAUUCCUGAACAUACACAAGCCCAUGUUGAUAUGCACAAAUACAAACACAAACCCAGGCAGGGUAACACUUUUCACACACAUCUCUCCAUUUGCUCUAUGUUUCCACCUGUCUCUCUAACAUCUGUUCCAUUUAUAAUUUAUACAAUUCUGUCUGCGUUUUCUUAAGCCAUUUCUUCAGCAAUGUUUUCCUUACUUUUGUCCACCUAAAUGGUUGUUUUGCUGUCACCACCCAAAUCUGUAUUCAAUACUUUAAUAUCUUUUCCUUGCUAACUUCUCAUUGUUCCAUUCUAGCGCCUCUGUUUUCUGCAUCUCCCAUUAUUUUUCUGUUGUGAGCCCUUCACUCCAGAGCUUUGGUAUUCCCUGGCUUCCUCCUCGGGUUCUCAUAGAUGAUGGUCUUCUCAUGAUGUAUACUCCAUCACCUUCUCCAUUGCAGUUUCACCCAGGACAUCAACUCUCUCUAGGUAUUUAUGCAGAUAACUUUUGUCUUCAAUCUCACCUGGAACAAACCCUAUAACCAUGUUGCGAAUGUCUUGUGGGUUUCAUCAAACUCAUUUCAGAAGAAAGCAACCGGUGUGUCAUCGCCCUAGCAUGACAGUGUUUCCUAACUGCGCUCUGCAGAUUUCAGGAUCUGAACCCAUAUGUCCAUCUCAUAUUCACCUUUUUACUUUGCUUUUUUUUGUAACAACUCAAAAACUUCCAAGCUGGAAAUCAAUGUUAGUACUUUUAACUCAUUUCUCUCAUGUACUGAAUUGAAAUAAACG